AUGCUCAUUCGAGCUAGAGGUGUACCAAUACCUCCAGAAGGUGUGAUGUGGCAUUUAAGGGUUGUAUGUGGUUUCCAUAACCAUCAAUUAGCAGAAUCUAUGUAUGGUCAUGAGUACCCGUCUAGGUUAAAACCAAUGGAGCUACAGUUUGUGCUCGACAUGGCCAAUAGCACCGCAUCUCGUGAAGUUCUUAAUAUAUUGAAACAAAGAGACCCGUCAAACACUACAGGGAUCAAAACCAUUUACAAUGCCAUUUUCACAAAUAAAUCCGCCAAACGGGCCGGCCUAAAUCAAGUCCAUCUGUUACUUUUUGUCAACUGUCCAUCCGUGUUGAUCAUUGAUGCCACAUAUAAGACCAAUGAGUAUCGGUCACUACUAUUGGAGGUUGUGGGUAUCACAUCCACAAUGAGAACUUACUCGCUUAUGCUCGCAUAUCUAAGCAAUGAGAGGGAAGAACAACUAACAUGGGCAUUAGGUACCUUAAAAAAGUGGAUGCUUGAAAAGGGGACAUCGUUGCCAUCAGUGUUUGUUUCCGAUCGAGAUAUGGCGCUUAUUAAUGCCAUUGAAAUAUGUUUUCCUACGGCACGUCACAUCCUCUGUAUUUGGCACAUAAACCAGUGCUGGUCUUACCAUCAUAAGUGGAAAGUCAUGCGCGAGGAGUACAGACGAUUCCAGGGUGCCCUAAAUUACCUUUGGGAGACAUGGUUACACUCUUACAAAGAGCGAUUUGUUUCAGCAUGGAUUGAUACAUGUAUGCACCUCGGGAGUAAUUCAAGUCAAAGGUGUCGAAUUUCACUACAGGCAAUGGAGUUUAUUAAUGCUGAGCUGAAAUGCGCCGAGGAAGCAUCUCACCAACUAGCUGGCAAAUGCAACUGUUCAAUUAAAAUAAUAUACGGAUUGCCUUGCAAGCAUGAUCUUGCACAUUAUCGGUUCCUUUCCAUUCCAAUUCCAAUACAGAGUAUCAACGCUCAUUGGAGGAGGUUGUCUAUGAACGGUCAUGAAUACCAUGACGACAGAGCACGAGCUAACAGGACAUCUAAAGUUAUUGAGAUAUUAUAUGGGAUGGAUCCACAAAUGCGAGAGCAAAUGAUAGAUCGGUUUUUUAAUAUUGCGGAUCCAUCUCAAAGUACAGUUCGAGCCCCUUCUGUUGAGAAACGAUCUAAUCUAAACACACGAUAA